AUGAGUUCUUUCGUGGAUUACUCCUAUCGCUACCCGAUAGAUCGCACUCCAAAAUUCAACUUGCUUCCAAAUGAACAAAUCAAGCAGGCCAGUUCAGUGAAAAUAACCCGGUUGUCUGGAGCCUAUCAGCCUUACACCACCGAUAUUCGCUUUGGGGCGGGUGAACUUGUUCAGGGACAAAAGGUUCCAAACACCGGAGAGCUGCUACAGAGGAUUCCGCUCGAACGGGACCUUCACAAAAUUCAACCAUCUCUGGACAAAAGUCUCAAUUUUAAGAAAUGCAGUCCCGUCGAUAGUCUGUCCAUAUCGGAUUUUCAUCGCUUUCGCCGUCUAAAAGACUAUGAACAGAAAUUAGUGUCGCGCGUCCCGGAUAUUUUAGCCUAUAAGUACUGCGCAAGCUGCUCUGCCUCCCAUUUGGGAGGCUGCAUUGGCUGCCGAAGAGAUGACAGAUAUUACCAGCAUGGGCCAACACGAAAAAUGCCAUUCCGUAAUCAACGUCCCGAUCUACCGUUUGGAAGGGGACAUUACGGUUACCAGCAUGAACAAUUGGAUCGGCAUAAUACUGGACAUUUCUGGCUUUCAAAGUAUCACUAA